AUGGCACUGCAAGUCCUUUUGUUCCUGUCCGUCAUUUUACUAGGAUCAGUGCACGGACAGGUCAGCUACUCCAUUGCCGAGGAGAUGGCUAAAGGCUCUGUUGUCGGUAACAUAGCGCAGGACUUGGGAUUGGACCUGAAAAGACUGAAAUCAGGUAAAGCUCGUGUUUUUACGGCGGAUAGCACCGAAUACAUCGAGCUGAAUAAAGACAGGGGAAUGCUCCUGAUCAAAGAGAGAAUAGACCGAGAGGCAUUAUGCGCACAGACUACGCCUUGCGCUCUUCACUUUGAGAUAAUUCUGGAAAAUCCAAUGGAGUUAUACAGGGUAACAGUAGAGAUUACCGAUGUAAAUGAUAAUGCACCAGCAUUUAAAAAUAGCGAGAAACGGUUUGAAAUAAGUGAGUCAGCAGUGGUAGGAUCAAAAUUUGUAUUGGACAAAGCGAUGGAUCUCGACAUUGGUAUCAACGGUCUUCAAAGCUAUACAUUAAAACCAACAGAUAACUUUGCAUUGAAACUACAUAAUCAAGCGGAUGGUAGUAAAAAGGUAGAAAUGAUUUUAAAGAGGCCACUAGAUCGCGAGAAAGAAGAGAAUAUAUCGCUUCUUCUGACUGCUAUAGAUGGCGGCGAACCUCUUAUGUCGGGCACAGUUCAGAUAUACAUCACUGUGUUAGACGUUAAUGACAAUGCUCCUGUUUUUACAAAGCCUGUCUAUAAGAGCGUAAUACCUGAAGAUUCAAAAAAAGGAACAUUGGUUACGUCGAUCAGUGCGUCCGAUGCAGAUAAAGGAAGCAACGGACAAGUUAGUUAUUUGAUUUCAAAUAGUCUCGAUGGUGUAUCUGAUUUAUUUCAUAUAGAGGAAAAUGGGGACAUAGUUUUAAUGGGGCAGGUAGAUUACGAAACAGCCAAAUAUUAUCAGAUUGAUAUAGAAGCAGUAGAUAAAGGUGGAUUGUCUGACUCGAGUAAAAUAAUAGUGGAUAUAACUGACGUCAAUGAUAACAGCCCUGUUAUUACUGUUGUAUCGCAGUCCAUUUCAGUAAAUGAGGAUUCUCCUAUAAGCACAGUGACCGCAAUGAUUCGUGUGAAUGAUCCGGAUUCUGAUAAGAAUGGCGAGGUGCACUGUGGGAUUAAUGAUAACAUUCCCUAUGCCAUCAAGUCAACAUCAAAUGGUUUCUACAGUAUUGUUACUGACAGUGCACUGGACCGCGAAACAGACUCCGAGUAUAAUAUUACCGUGACGUGUUCUGAUGAAGGUGUUCCGUCGCUAUCCAGCACUAUCACUCUCACCUUAAAGAUUACAGAUGUGAAUGAUAACGCACCUCUGUUUGAAAAGAGCGCUUAUGAGGCAUCUGUUGUUGAAAACAACUCCCCAGGCCUCUCUGUAUUUACAGUCAGGGCCGUAGACGCAGACUGGAAGCAGAAUGCCCGUGUCUCCUAUAUACUGGAUGACAGCAUGAUUAACGGAGUAGCUGUCUCUUCGUAUGUGUCAGUCAAUGCUGAGAGUGGAGUCAUACACGCAGUGCGUUCUUUUGAUUACGAGCAGAUAAAAGACUUUCAGUUCCGUGUGAAGGCCCAAGAUGGAGGCUCACCUCCGUUAAAUAGCAAUGUUAGCGUUAAAAUAGUCAUCCAAGAUCAAAAUGACAACGCACCUCAGAUUCUUUAUCCAGUGCAGACAAGUAGUUCUGUGAUGGCCGAAAUCGUGCCUCGGUCAGCAGAUGUCGGCUAUCUAGUCACUAAAGUAGUGGCUGUGGAUGUAGACUCUGGACAGAAUGCCUGGCUCUCGUAUAAACUUAUUAAAGCCACGGAAAGAGCUCUGUUUGAAGUAGGCGCUCAGAAUGGAGAAAUAAGGACUGUUCGCCAGGUGACUGACAAGGAUGCAGUGAAGCAAAAACUAACAGUAAUAGUUGAGGACAACGGACAGCCCUCUCGCUCAGCUACGGUCAACGUCAACGUGGCGGUUGCGGACAGUUUUCCUGAAGUGCUCUCGGAAUUUACUGACUUUACGCACGAUAAGGAAUACAAUGACAACCUUACAUUCUAUCUUGUUUUGGCGCUGGCUGUGGUAUCUUUCCUCUUCGUUGUCUCUCUUAUAGCCAUACUGUCAGUCAAAUGCUACAGAUGGAGACGCGACCAGAUGUUUUACAAAUCAAAUGGACAGCUUCCAGUAAUCCCAUACUACCCACCCCUUUACGCAGACGUUGGGGGCACAGGUACAUUGCAACACGUGUACAACUAUGAGGUGUGUCGCACCACUGACUCCAGAAAAAGUGAUCUGAAAUACAGCAGACCCUCUAGUCAGAGCAUCAUUAGUCUGGAUACUACUGGAACUCUGACUCUACGGAAUGCGCAGAGAGACAAACUGGUCAUGGACGACCCAGACUAUCAGGUGAGCGCAACAGGCAGUAUUCCUUCAUUUCUCUAG